AGAUAGAGUGGUCUCAAGAUCACCAGAAGAUUCCCCAUUUUCCCGAAGAUCUACUCUUGUGGGAACACCUGCCGGCUCUCUCUCUUUGCCACCAAGCAAGACAUCCGGAGUCGCCUUCCAACACCUGUCUCGGUCUGUUCUCUCUCUCUACCAAUACCCAAUUGCUAUAUACAAUCAGGGAACGGAGGAGUUCUGGAAAUGGGUUCCGUUCUCGGCAAGGGAAAGAGCAAGGAGGAAGUGGAAAUGGCCCUCGCAAAGGCCAAAGAGAUCGUUUCUUCAACACCUGUAGUUGUCUUCAGUAAGACUUACUGUGGUUAUUGCAAGAGAGUGAAGCAGCUGCUCUCACAGCUAAAAGCAACCCACAAGACCAUUGAACUCGAUCAGGAAAGUGAUGGAGCUGAAAUUCAAUCAGCUCUAAGAGAAUGGACUGGUCAGAGCACUGUGCCUAACGUAUUUAUUGGGGGAAAACACAUGGGUGGAUGUGACUGUAAGUCUCCCUUUUGCAUUCAAUUCAGAUACAAUAGAACACCCCCCAUUGACGAACCUUUUUAUUAUUUUUUGGGUCUUUUUUCUUUCUGGGUCAUUUGCAGCUGUGAUGGAAAAGCACCAGGAAGGCAAGCUUGUGCCCCUUCUCAAAGAGGCUGGUGCCAUUGCUGAAGUUUCUACCCAGCUCUGAAUUAGGUAGGGAAGCCACAAGUAGUAUGCUAAUAAACCACCACUUCAUAUGGUGUGUAAACAAUGGUGAUACAUGUAGUCCAGUAGGUCGUGCACACUGUUAAGGAAUGCUUUUGCUCUUUUGUAAA